AUGGCAAGCAGAUUUGGCACUACGAGACACCAGGCGUUUCCAACAACGAGCCCCUCCUCGUGGACGACCUGGUACUGGGCUCCACCCAGCAGGGCAACGCCUUCGCCGUGGAGCGCCUCACCGGACAUGUCCGGUGGAUCGCCGCGCUGGCGGACGAUGCGGGGGGGCGAUGCGGGAUAUCCCAAUGCGCACGAGGGCAUCUUCGUAGUCAGCGCACACAAGAGUUGGAAGGCGCCCACGGACGGCGGCAACGAGAGGAUCUUCGGUCUUCACGUGUCCAACGGCUCAAGGAUCUGGCAGUACACGCCGGAGGUGCCCGUGUGGAACUUCGCACCGCUCUUCCCAGCAGAUGGCAGUGUGGUCUUCAUGGACUGGACGGGUGGAGUGUAUCGCUUGAAUUUGACCACGGGCGAGGAGAUCUGGAAGGUCUUGGCAGAAUCCAACAAAUCCUUUGGAGAUGGCGGAGUAGCCUUAAGCGAGACCAUGGUGUACUCUUGCAGCAAUUUCGGCCAUUUCACCGGCGACGAAGGAACUCCUGGCGUCGUCCGAGCCUUCUAUUUGUCCAAUGGCACGGAAGUUUGGUCCAAGUUCUUAGAGAUGCCUUGCAACAGCUAUCCCGCAGUAGGGCAUUUGGCGGGUUUUGACCAAUUGGCACUCGUGGUGACGCCCGGGAGCUUUAUGGAUUUAUUUCAUCACGUUGGCCGCGCGUUACGCGGUGAAGUCUUGGCCUUGGAUGCUUUGACCGGUGCUCAGCUCUGGCGCUAUCCGGUGGCACCCUAUGACGGUGGCCCCAUCGGUAUGGCCGUGGGCGACUUCGAAGGGUUUCCCGCGCGGGUGCUGGAAGGCAUCCAACUGGUUUGCUACCCUGCGCAUUGGAGCGCGCCGCUGAUUGAUGGCUCUGGGCAAGUCUUGGUUGGUCGAGCCGAUGGAAACUUACAUUGGAUCUUGGGACCAGAGGUCGAGUUCCCGAACCUGAAGAGGACGGCCAACAUGACUGUCCGAAACGGACUCUUGAGUGAGGUGAGACACUUGGGCUCUGGCUUCAUCCAUGGUGCAAUCAGUGCUGGGCCGGGACUCUUUGCGAUUUCGACUUGCGACACUCUCUUCGUCUUCCAGAAGUGA